CGGGAAGAGAUCCUUUACGAGCUGUUCCUUCAGGUGUAGUCUCCAUAGAAUUUUCACCACCAAUUCCCCUGUGCACCAUCACCAUAGUCCCUUGUGUCUAUGUCUUUCUAUAUUCUGGAAGGAUUUGCUAAAGCCGGGCCAUUAACCAAAGUGACUAUAUGCAAAGACAGAGAAGGAAAGCCGAAGUCUUUUGGAUUUGUCUGCUUUAAACACCCAGAAUCCGUGUCUUAUGCCAUAGCUUUGCUGAAUGGAAUUCGUUUAUACGGAAGACCAAUUUAUGUGCAGUAUCGAUUUGGGAGUUCUCACUCUCCUGAACCAGCUAACCAAAGUUUUCAGAGCUGCAUUAAGAUAAAUUCACAGAGUUAUAGAAAUGAAGAAGUUGUGGGCAGGUAUCCCGUUCCCAUGCAGUUCUUUCCACUUAACAAUGCGGCUUUACCUCAAGUUUACUUCUUUCAGAAGACGUGGCAUACAUUUAAUCCUGUGCUGCAGCUGCCUUACUAUGAGAUGACAGCACCACUUCCUAAUAGCACAUCUGUGGCCUCUUCACUAAAUCCUGUUCAAGAUCAAGAGGCUGGACCCAGCUCUUAUGAAUGGACUUACCAACAACCCAGUGACUCUGACCUUUAUCAGACCAACAAAAAAGAGGCAAAACCAAAAUAGUGAUAGUGAUAGUAGCACAGAAAACAAUACAGGAAACAAAUAUAACCAGACGUUCCAGAAGUGUAAGAGGAAAAAAUAUUAGUAUAACAUUCAAAUAAAAUUUAUCUACACUAACCUUAUUUCUCUUUAAAAAAUGGAUUCUACUAAAUGACCAAUUUCAUGCCUUUCUUGUCUUUUUUGAACUUUAUCAUGAUAUGAUAUCUGAUUUGCUUUUCAAUUUUUAUCUUGAGUGACAAAAACAUAAAAAUAGUAGAUUUGAAUAUUAAUGAUACUUUUGACCCAUGGUCAACAGAAAAUAGACCGUGAGUUCUUCUAGUUUAGUGCUGUUGAUGAAACUGCAGUAAGCUAUCCGUGAAAAGUCACUUCCUGAGUACUUUGUGUAAGUCACCAUGCUCUCCCAGAUUUUUGUGUGAAACCCUCAGUAGUGAUUAGAAUGGAGUAGUAAAUUUUCUGAAAGAAACCAGUGCAAAUGUUUAAGAAUUGCUUGUUCCUCAUGAUGAUGGAAUAAGUAGGCCUUAGUUUCUUUUGUUAAUAACAUUUUUUGGCGGCUAAAUAUGUUGUUUCUGAGCCUUACUGUCCUACAGGUUUAUUUUACAAAAUGCAGAUACAUGAUUGUGACACCAAAGGAAAGCUGAUUAUCACUGCACUAGUUUUUUUAUUAUUCCCUUUUCAUAUGAAAAGGGAAUUCCCUUUUCAUAUUAUUCCCUUUUCAUUGUAUAUGAGUAGGAAUACCUGACUGUUUACCCUCACUUAUUAUUUGUAUUUUAUGCAAAUAAAUUGGUUAUGUUAGUGUUUAUUAUCCAUCUUUUUUGUCAGCUGGGUAUAUUUGACAUACUCAUUUCUUGAUA